AUGUACACAGAAAUCGAAGGAACCCAUAAAAUUGGGUCCCAAUCUCUCUACACCAAAACCUGGAAACCUGAUGCACCUCCAAAAGCCUUACUAAUUUUCAUCCAUGGCUUCUCCGAUCACAUAAACCGCUACUAUAUUCUCUUUCCUACGCUUGCGUCUCGCGGGAUCGAAGUACGCGCUUUCGACCAACGAGGUUGGGGUCGCAGCGUCACCAAACCUUCUGAAAAAGGUCUUACAGGACCAACCUCCCUCGUAAUAUCCGAUAUCGUUUCGUUCAUCAAAGCACAAAUGCCUUCUCCUGUUCCUAUAUUCCUAAUGGGUCACUCGAUGGGUGGAGGCGAAGUCAUUACUUUGGCUAGUGAUCCCAAGUAUGCGGAUUUGAUGCAUAGUAUACGAGGAUUUCUUUUAGAGGCACCUUUUGUUGCGUUUCCCAAGGGAUUUGAACCGAGUUUUCUAACUGUGUUCUUCGGGCGAUUGGCAGGGAGAUUCCUGCCGCAUAGACAAAUGGUGAAUAAACUUCCACCGGAGAAUCUUACCAGAGAUCCGGAGGUUAUAAAAUCGAUAAAUGAGGAUACCUUAAUGCAUAAUACGGGAACACUUGAAGGGCUGGCAGGAAUGUUGGAUAGAACUGCUGCGAUGAAUCAAGGAAAGACGAAGUUAAAUCCAGGUGUUAGGAGUUUAUGGUUAGGACAUGGGACAGAGGAUAAAGGGACGAGUUUUGAGGGAAGAGUUUAA